UAACUUUAGAGAAUGCAGAUGAUAUUAGUAUUACAGAUUUAUAUUUAAUGUUAGGGAUGUGCCUGCUGCAUGUGUGUUCAGUCGGAUAACAUUAAAAACCGUAGGCCCAGUGUACACUUUGGCUCAUGUGCACUAUAAAGAACCCAGUACAUCAUUCGAGACGAGUAGGGCGAUACCCCGGUGUUGUGGAUGCAUCUACUUAAAAUUUAGUGCCUUUUCAAAAUGAUCAGCUUUGCUGAAUGGAUCAUCCAUAUAACUAGCCUGGUGUUAUAACCACUAGACCACCGAGCUUGUGCGUAGUGACUAGUGUGAGUCCGAUCCCCAAAGUUAUCAAAAAUAGUCAUGUGAGUUGUAUGCUCUGAUAAACUAUGGAGAACUACGCAAGAAGAUUAAAACGGGAAUCAAUGCAAAAAAUGGGCAGAAACUGAAUGAGUUAGUAAAUAAUGGCGUUACAAUAGUUAGAUUCCAAGGGAAGAAUGUCCGCAUUAAGACGCCAGUGUUUAAAGCCUUGAAGAAGCUUCAAGAUGCCGAGAGACCCCAAGCAGACAAACCAUUUCGAUUGCCGCUUAAGAUCCUUAUUGACCUACAACCAAGGAAUAACGAAGCUUUGGCAACUGUCCAAUGUUUGGCACACAACCCUAGGCUAAGGAUUGCAGUACCUGUACAAAAAGAUGUGAAGAGUGUGAUUGACUAUCUGACAUCCAAGUGGACACCACACAGCAUAAAGCUGCUACAGACUUUGAAACCCACUGAUAAGGAUCAUAGAACAAAUGUUGUCUUACGAUUACCCCCUAAUCUGGACAUCACCCCCUAUGAGGAGGUGAAGGGAAAAUUUAUUCACUGGAGUGCUAAAACACCAUUCACAAUGGGGCAAGGAUUAAACUCUAGUAACAGCAAAAACUCUCAAUCGAACUCAUCAAGUCCGCAGUCUACGGCAAAAUUAAAACUACAGCCGAGUAAAACGUUACCGGUUGAAGCAACAUCUGUAAAAAGUGACGCUAAAGGGAAAGUAAAAGAAAAUGCGAUUGUUAACAAUGGAGCACAGAAAAAAGACGAUACAGAGAACUUGGCAACUGAUUUUGGUAACAGGUUACCUGAUAUCUCAAUGAUUCAGACCGAAGUUUGCGGUCAAUUUGGAGAAACGCACAGCGAGACUCUCUUAGGUUUGGACGCAAAUACUGAUUCUGACAUUUUACUAAAAUGCACAGAGUUGUCGUUAGGAAAUUCAAAUGAUUCAUCUUCUUUGGGAAAUGUUGAAAACACUGAGCCCUCUGUGGCACAAUUGAGUGCAGUGGAGAAUGAAACAAGAUGUAAACAAACUAAAGACUCUUGCUUGAGAAAUGGACUAACUUUAGAGAAUGCAGAUGAUAUUAGUAUUACAGAUUUAUAUUUAAUGUUAGGGAUGCCACCUCGGUUAAAGUUUGAGUACGAGUUUGCCAACAAGUCAGUUCCAAAAGCAGAUAACACCUUGAACACUCUACAGAAGUUAGUCCAUCUUGCGAAAACUCAGUUAACGAACACUACAGCUCAAAAACAAAAGAUGGUGUCUGUUGGGACAGUCACUUCACCUGUGCGUGGCAUUCAACCAGCAGCUAACUCUGCUACCAAUAGAGUUGGUGUUACUCCCAGCCGGAGUAAGAGUGACGUCGCCGCUGCUCCAGGAUCGAACAAAGAAAUAUUUCGCAUCGCGGGAGCGGUUGGCAACGGAAACCUUAAUGUGCCAAAUGGGUCCAUAGUUGACAUUGACAAGGGGGUGUUUGUGACGCCGAAAGCGUCAUUCGCUCCCUCAGUACUGAAAUCACAGGCACAGGAAAAAUUAUUUAUGCAACAACUCCGUUUUAUACAUAGACAGUCGAUCAAUCAAAGAAAAGGACGAAAAUCAAGACCACCCAUUGUUGUCCAGCGCCACCUUUUGCCAAGAAUACAAUCAUCUGGUCCGAUACGCAACAUGAUGUCUUUGUCGACAUCAACAGGAAAGUUUACACCAGUGGACGCCAGCUCCCUAAACAGCGUAGACCCUGUCUCUUAUACACAACUGUGA